GUACAAAGACUUCCGACAUUUAUUUUCAACGUGAGACAGCAAUCCACUCCAACAUGUUUAAGAAAUUUGAUGACAAAGAAAUGGUAUCUGGAGUUAAUAAUGCAAAGUCUUCAGUCCAAAAAUCUAUAAGAAAUUCUGUAACAGAGAAUUAUCCAUUUAUAGAACCAUAUCUUGAUCAGAUUAUCCCAAAGAAAGGAGACCUAAAGCUUGUCAAAUGCCAUGAACACAUAGAAAUACUUGCCAAUGCUGCAGGUGAACCUCUAAUGUUCAGACACAGAGAUGGGCCUUACAUGCCAACACUGAAGCUGUUACACAAGUUCCCUUUCAUGUUACCCCGCAUGCAGGUAGACAAAGGUGCCAUUAGAUUUGUUUUGAGUGGUGCCAACAUCAUGUGUCCGGGACUGACCUCACCAGGUGCCAAGAUGACCAGACUGGAGCCGGACAAGGUUGUGGCUGUUAUGGCCGAGGGCAAAGAGCACGCAGUGGCUGUAGGAAUGACUAAAAUGUCCACAGAUGAAAUCAUUUCUAAAAACAAAGGGAUUGGGAUAGAGAAUAUUCAUUACCUUAACGAUGGGCUGUGGAACAUGAGAGCUGUUAAAUGAUGUUUCCUAAGUGAUGAACUUUUUAUUUUGAUACAUGGCCAACAAUUUUGAUAUUUAUUGCAAUAAUGUGCAUAGAAAAAUGCAAUUCAAAAUAAAGCUGUACUAUUUAAUUAACAAUUUUACCCUCAAUCCAUUUUUACUUUGUGGAGCCAUUCAUUUCUGUACUUAUGCAGGAAGUUUCGACAUGUAAUAGAAAUUAUUAAUUUACAUGAAAAAUAAAUUUUCAAAUACAUG